AUGCCUGCACCCACAGCUCCUGCAAUGCUCCCAAGGCAAGGCCCUGCAAAUGGCAUCGUGGUUAUGGGAUACGAGCUCAUCGGCACGCAAGACGAUAAGCCGGUCUGGUCGAUCAAGACAUUUCCUCAGUCCGACGGCUACCUUUUUACAACAGGCAGCCUGUAUCAGUCGUGCAAAGCGUCAUCCGCUUUCGAGGUUGAUGGAACCACCACGACCUCCCCCUUACCGAAGACAGGUUGUGUAACUAGUACCUGCGACGGAGACUAUGGGCUUUGCUACUCGGACAUCAUGUUCACCACUUUUGGCGCUUCCGACGCGUACACGCGUAUCUACUGCGAUUGGACAGGCAGCCAUCCGUUGAUGUCGACGACACUUUACCAAGCGCUUCCGGCCAAUGUGGACUCAACGUCAGUCGCGUCCCAACAGGCAGCGUCCAGUACACCUGCAUCGAAUAGCAAUCCGUCAAUCUCGGCACCUACCCCAUCCUCAACGUCGAACUCGGCCGGCGAGCAGAAUCAACCUCCUGCUGGAAUCAGUGGUUCAAUCAAUACAUCCAUAAUCGCGGGUGCCGUCGUCGGAGGGCUUGCGGUUAUCGCAUUCGCCGGUGUCGCUAUCUUCUACAUCCUCAAGCGCUCCAAGCGCCACUCCGCGGGGACUGCUGUCCCGUCGAGCGACGGUGAUUCUAUGAAUCCGUAUGGCACGCCAGAAAUGACUAGAGACGGAUACCCUGAUGCGGAGGCGUAUGCGCAUACGGCGACAAAACACGGACACACCAUAAAUGGAGGCGAACUCGAUGGGCAGCAUGGCACCGCAGAAUUGGGUGGCGUCCCGCUUCACGAAGCAGAGGACCGGCGAUGA